AUGGGCUUGCUGACAAUCCGCAGCAUUGUUGAUGAGGCUGCAGGAGACGUGAGUAGCUACGCUCCGUUGGCCUCCAAGCCCCUGUCUCGCAAGACCGAGAGUCCAAAACGAGUGUCGGAUUGGGGGUCACCCAAGAGUGCCGUCGCAGGACGGGAAGGUGAAGUGUCAAGGUGUGUAGGUUUUAGCAUGUCGUUUCCAGGCCUAGUCCACCGUCUACCUCGUGGCCGAGAUGUGUUUGGGGGAACGAGGUGGUGUGAAGCUGCUGUGUGUUAUGUGUUGUCUGCUAUGUGGUGUGUACAAUAG